ACUUGAAAUGAACACGUCUUCUAUCGACUUUGGACAAGGCCAAUAGGGAAUAUUUUAAUUGGAUUAAUUUUGUGAUAUACUUAAAUUCUGCAUAUCCCAUGCCAGUUUUGCUCCCCAUUGUUGGUCAUACAAAAAUAACUUGCUAUGCCAACAUAACAGUGAAGAAUGUAUUUCUGUAGAUAUAGUUUAUUAUUUACACUUUAUUUUUAAAAAAUAUAUAUAUUGCUUUUUACAGAUGUAACAAAAUCAAAUGAAGUAGUAAAUUUUAAGUUAAUCAGAAGCGGUUCCAGUUCACGUACAAAAAAUGACUUAUAACGUAUUACUUGAAGACCUUAUCACGGAUCUUGGAGGAUGCGGACUUUAUCAAUGGCUUUUGGCUGCCAUCGUUCAUGUUGGAAAGACAAUAGCGACAUGGAGCAUGAUAACAAUGACAUUUGCUGGACAGGACCCAGGAUUCCUGUGUUACAAUGGACAGUAUGGGAACAAUGAAUCAGUUGCUCACAGUUAUAACGACACUCUCGAGGACAAAUGCAACGUAAAUAGCAGCAGUUGUACGGAUUAUGUGUUCCAAACUCAUAUGAAGACUGUUGUAUCUGAUUUUGACCUUGUAUGUGACAAGAAAUGGAUUUCAGCAACAAUAACAACGAUACAAAUGGGUGGAGUACUUCUUGGAUGCAUUGUUUCAGGACAUUUAGCUGAUAUGAUUGGCAGGAAACCGACUUAUUUUCUUGCCAUUUUUGCGACGGUUGCUUUUAAUCUAGCUGGUUAUUUUUCACCAUCAUGGCAGGUAUACGCUGCCUUGCGAUUCCUUAUUGGUAUAGGUGUUGGAUUUUACUUAACGGUACAGUACAGCUUCACUAAUGAGUUUGCUUCUGCUAAAUGGAGGCCACCUAUAGUAACUACACCGUCUUGGGCAUUGGAGUCCAGCCUCUUUGCCUUGGUUGCAUGGGGAUUUCAUGACUGGAAGAAAAUACAUCUUGCUAUUGCUAUUGUAGGAGCACCUUUUCUAUUAGCAUGGUGGAUAAUGCCGGAAAGUUUCCGUUGGCUGGUUACAAAGCAACGUUUUAAACAAGCAGAGAGAGUUGUUAACAUUAUCGCUAAGGUCAACAAGGCGGAGAAGCCAACACUUGACAAAAUAUUUGCAGAGGCAAAACUAGAAACAAAUCAACAGGCUACAAGCAAACGAUACAGCUUUCUGGAUCUUUUCCGAACAAGAGAGAGCACAAAGACCACUAUUGGCCUUUUGUUUGCAUGGUUUGCAGCCAGCUAUGGGUACUAUGGUAUAACAUUUGGUGUGAAGAGUUUAUCAGGAGACUUGUAUUUGAACAUGUUUCUUAUUAAUGUGGUGGAAACUCCAGUUAUGGUUUUAACGGCAUUUUUGGUCAACUGGUUUGGCAGGAAGAAAGUGUGUUUCACAUUUUACGUACUUGCUGGUGUAACAGGAAUUGGAGUUGGUGUCAUACAGUACUUUACAUUACCAGUGAAUGGACAACUUACCAAUGCUAUUGCACUUCUGUCAAAAUUAAGUGUAGGGUGUGGCUGGCAAGCUAUGAUAGUUUAUACCACUGAAAUAUACCCAACUGUUGUCAGAACGAUUGCUUACGGCGUUCAUAGCACAGCCGCUCGAGUCGGUGGCAUGGUUGCACCACAAAUUGUUUUCUUGGACGACGAGAUACCAGGGAUUCUAUAUUUUCUCAGUGGUGUGCUGAUGAUGAUCUCAGCUGUCAUUAUGAUGCUGUACAGGGAAACUAAAGAUGCUGUGCUAGAAGAUAUGUUAGAUGUAGAUAUUAAAGUAGACGGCAGAGAAAAAACGGUUGACAAUAUUGAAACAUCGACUCAUUUGUAAUGAGACAUUCCAAGUGGUUUCAAAAGCACUGGUUAAUUUUUUAAACAAAAAAGUCUGCUGUGAAUAUUUUAUUUUUCAUUACCAAAACAGACAUUUACACAAGUAUGUGUUUAUACAAGAAAGACUGUAAUAACAAAGAGCCCAUUCUAGAUACUCAGGAAACAUUUUGUAAUGAACCAACAGUGCAUAUCAAGAUCUUCGAAUUGCCUUACUUUGUAAU